UUAUCAGAUCGGAUUCAUCGGAAAGAAAAUCAAGAUGCAGAUAUUUGUGAAAACCUUGACUGGGAAGACGAUCACACUUGAGGUUGAGUCCAGUGACACCAUUGACAAUGUCAAGGCUAAGAUUCAAGACAAGGAAGGUAUUCCACCAGACCAGCAGCGUUUGAUCUUUGCCGGAAAGCAACUUGAGGAUGGCCGUACUCUUGCUGACUACAACAUCCAGAAAGAAUCGACACUUCACUUGGUGUUGAGGCUAAGAGGAGGAGGAAAGGGAGGACACUACCCUCGCAAUGUUGAUCCUAAUUUGUUGCAAUUGGCUCUAAAGUAUGUCCAACGUUUGUCAAUUUGCCGCAAGUGCUAUGCACGUCUCCACCCAAGGGCUGUGAACUGCAGGAAGAAAAAGUGUGGCCACAGCAAUGAAGUGAGGAAAAAGCAUAGUUUGGAGAGGAAGCAGUUCUGAUCACUGAAGAUGUAUGUUUGUUGUGCUUGUUGUAAGAGGAAUUGGUCUGCUUUAUCUUAAACCAUAUGCAUCAGUGUUUAGUCAUUUUCGCUCUUAAGUACCUAUGGAAGUAAACUUACUAGAUCUUUUGUUUAAUUCAAUAAGCACUAUUGGUAGGAUAUUUCUAUACUCUUGUACCAGCAUUGUAUUUGCUGAUACCCCUCUUCAAUCUAUGCUUAAUAUUUCUGUUUA